GACUUCCUGCUUCGCCGCUGAAGUUUUUCUCCGGGUCAUGAGGAGAGAAGUUUCCACAGAGGAAACCGAGGACCCGCUUCAUUUCAUGGACCAAACUUUAACAGAACCGACGGACACAUUUCGGACUCUAUGAUUCGACCAGCAACCAUAUUUAUUCGUCCGCCGCCAUAUCCUGAAACAUGGAGGACCCAAACAGACCUCAGCGCAAGAUGUCAACAGCAGGAGACAGCCUGUAUAAGAUCCUGGGGCUGGAGAAAGGAGCAUCUCCAGACGAAAUAAAGAGGGCGUACAGGAAACUGGCGUUGAGGCAUCACCCUGAUAAGAACCCAGACAACCCAGAGGCUGCUGAGAAAUUCAAGGAGAUCAACAAUGCCAACUCUAUUCUCAGUGACGAAAACAAACGGAAUAUCUACGACGAGUAUGGAUCCAUGGGACUCUACGUGGCCGAGCAGUUCGGCGAUGAGAGCGUCAAAUACUAUUUCCUUAUGUCCAAGUGUUGGUUCAAGGCCCUCGUGGUGUGCUGCAGUAUUUUCACCUGCUGCUGCUGUUUCUGCUGCUGCUGUUUCUGCUGUGGGAAGUGCAAAGCGCCAGAGGACGAGGAACACUACCCCUACAUGGACCCUGAGGACCUGGAGGCAGAGAUCAGAGAGCAGGAUGCAGCAGGAGACCACGUAAUAAUUAUUCAGCCGAGCCCUGACACUUCAGAUAAAGUCGAUACCUCUCCAGGUGAGAACGCACCGAUCGUGGUCCAGCCUCAUGCCGCCAAUGGCACCUCAUAAACCAAGUGAGUGGAGACCUGAUAAAACCACGUCACCAUCAGCAGCUGCACUGAUCAUUUUCAGAGAUGAUGAGAAUAAACAUUGAGGUUAAAUGUGGCAGAAAACCGUCAUCUGUGAGGCGGUUUUGUUUAAAUGCAUCAAGCAGCGACCUGAUUCUGCCAUAUUUUUUGGUGCCAGUGGUUUUGUCUUUGAUCUAAUUGCCAUAUUUAUUUUUUAACCUUUUUUUUUUUAAAUAUUGGGUAGUAUCUGGACUGCAGUGAGAAAUGACAAAGCCAUGCAGAUCAAAGCUCUGGAGUGAGUUUUUUUUUUCAUGUGCACUUUAAUAUCUCAAAAUCAUGUUUAAAAUCCUGAAGCUGCCAUGGUGGUCUGAGAGUAUUCUGGCUCAAGACGGCUGCUGGGUUAGAAAUGUUUUUAAUGUUUUUUUUAAAUACAACAUUAUACGCUGUUUCCGGACUUUUAGAAACCAACCACUCUGAGACUUUCGUGGUGUUCAGUCAUGCUGCACAUAUAGUAGAGACAAUCUAAAGGGCUUAUUGAAAAGAUGUACAGAAUAUUGUGACUAAAUCAAACGAUGUACUUAAAAUGUUCUGAAUGUUGACUUGUGUGCACUGUUGUGUAUUUGGCUGGCAGCCUGUAAAUAGCACAGUUAGAAUUAAUAAUGUAAUGCUGAUGAGGCAUUACAGGAAUAAUUCAACACUAGUGGGAGAAACGCUUAAUUCACUUUCCAACUGGAAGUUAGAUGAGAUUUCGACUUUUGUCACUUCACGUCAUGUCAACUCGAGAGUCGUAUGGCUGCAGAGUCUUUUAAAGGAAUACUUCACCAGCAAAGGGAUCAUUUGUAUAUCAGCUAUUCACCUCGUGUCAGCUUGAAUUUGUGAGGAAUCCUUUUUUAGGUGAAUGAAGAAUCCAAAAAAUGGCAUUAGAAAUCCCCACGGUCUGAUUUUCAUUACCGUCAAAAAUACAGUCGCUCAUCUUUUUAUUGAACUCAUGUGGAGGUGCUGUCUGCAACACCAGGGAUCAGUAUGCCCGGGUCCCCGCCCCUGCCUGCCGCCAGUUAGAGGUGUUCCACACACGUCCCACCGGUAGGAGGCCCCGGGGCUAGACCCAGAACACGCUGGAGGGAUUACAUAUCUCAUCUGGCCUGGGAACACCUUUGGGGUCCCCCAGGAGGAGCUGGAACGUGUUGCUGGGGAGAGGGACAUCUGGGGUGCUUUGCUCAGACUGCUGCCCCUGCGACACAGCUUCGGAUAAGCGAUUGAAAAUGGAUGGAUGGCGAUGGAGAUGCUGUAUUGAUGAUGAAUGUAGCACACGUCAUGCGCCACCAGAGGUCAGUCUCUUCGGGUGAAACAGACAGCUGAGCUGAGAAAGGUAGCAUCUGUGAGGAAUAACGUUACAGGACUGCAAACAGCCUGUGAGGAAUGGCAGAGAGACCGCAGAGGGAAAAAAACAGUAGCUCCGCACAUAAGUAUGGUCAUAUACGGUAUACCCCUGUGAAAUUUCAGAAAGGUAUGAUAAAAUGGAUCCCAGCCAAGGUUAGACAGGAUAAAAGAGACUUGGAUUAUACUGCACGAGUUGUGUGAGAGUUUGUAAACUGAUUUACUGAUACAGUUUUGCUUUUGGAUUCUUCAUUCAUCGUGGAGGCAUGCGAGAAAACAAAGUGUUCUUUAUGAAUUUAAGGUAAAAUAAGAUGAGUAACUGAUAAAAAAAUGAUCAGUUUUUGGGUGAAGUAUUCCUUUAAAAGUGCCAUGAGUUGCAAACAAUAAAACAACAGAAGACUUUGGCGAUGUGAGGGGUUCAUAUUUGUUUGCUUUUCAGGCACCUCCAUGUUAUGAAGAGCAGAAUUGGAGAGAAAUCAAGUUUUUGUCUUGUAAUUAUGACAUGGUUUGACUGAAACAAGUCUGAAUCUGGUAGUUAAAUUAGUAUGGAGCUGGAGCAGGGAGGUGAUUAGUGUAGCUGAGCAUAAAGACUGGAAGCAGGGGGAAAAGCAAGUCGCGUUCAUAAAUGCACCUCUAAUGCUCUCUUUCUUUUGCACUGUGAGGUUUCCCACCUGACGACACCCCGCAGAGAAGCACAGGGCAGAUAGAUAACCUAUUAAGAAACCCCUUAAACCACAGCUACACGUCACAGAUUAAGUUUUACCAAUCAACACGCUGUAUGUCGUUUGUUUAGGCGUUUUUACAGGCAGAUUUUGUUACCUCUGAUGAAGCCAGGCUGGCUGUUCCUCCCUGUUUCCAGUAUUUAUGCUAAGGUAAGCUAAUUCUCCUCUGCCUCCAGCUCCAUACUCGCAUAACACACAGACAGAAUGGUAUCUAUCAUCUCAUCUAACGCUCAUAAAGAAAGCCAGUAAGCUUAUCUCCCAAUAUUUUGAGCUAGUUCUUUAGAGAUGCUAGUAGUACUGUUGGUUAGUUCACUGUACAUGCGCAUAAGGUUACCUCAAGACAAAAACUCACGGUACUGAUUAGGGCUGGGUACCUGUGCUCUGUAUCUUUAAAGUAUCGACUGAAAUAACCCAAUACCAAGUAGUAUCAGAACUUCUCCAGUUAAACGAUACCUGCAUUCGAUCCUUUCUGUACUCAGAUCUAGAAAAAAAAGACUUUGUAAGGGUUCGCCGCAAGCAUUCUUUGAUUUAAUGCAGCAUGUGAUUGGCCCACGACCGCAGCAGCUACAACCCAUACAGUCUGUGGUGUGGUGAAGUCAGGUGGCAGUUCGGCGUGCCGAGAUGACACCAAAAUGCCUGUGGCGUCUGUUGGCAUUUUCAGCAGCUGAAUGUUUCCACUCACAUGAUGGGUAUCAAAUAGAGUGGAUAAAUAAAGGUAUCCAAUGAAGUACUCUGGUAUUGGUAUCACUUUAAGGGCACUGGUAUUGUAUUUUUUUUAACUGUACCCAGCCCUUGUACUGAUAAAGCUCCCACAAAUCAUCUGAUAUACCAUGAAAAACACUUCAAUCUAAAACCAACCUGACUCGACGACAAGAUGACGUACUGAUUUGAUUUAUUGCCAAAUGUUCUGUGUGAAUUUUCUCCGAUGUGUCGAGGCCUCCUGUCGAAGACAAUGAUCUCUCUGUCAUGUGUGAGAUGAUUUAUCGCCUGUAUGUGCCGUGAAAUUACGCUCCGUACAGGAAUCAUGUUUUUAUGUAAAGUCAGAGGUAUAUUUUUGAUUGGAAGUUUUAUGAUAAAUUGAGUGUAUAUUAGAAUAACGCCUUAAAUUAUGUCAUCUCUCAUCAUGUUUGUAUUAUAUUUUUUAUCUCUGCUGGGUGUAGGAACGUGGGUUUGUACAUUUGGUACAAAUCUAAAUAAUAAAUGUGUGUCAUCUUUUGCAUUUUAUCUGUUCUUCUCGGAUGACUUUCACAGACAGUCCCGACUAUGUAAAGUUUAAACGACCCCAGAAAUGUAUGUAAAAGUCAGUUUUGUAUACUUGAUGAAAACUUCAUAAACGUGCCUUUCAGUGGGAUUUUUUUUAGGUUAAAAAGAAAUGUUAUAUAUUUUGUUUUAUGUCUAAACAUUCCCAGUUUUUUUGUUUCUGUAAAAUGAAAUGUUUGCCUGAUUAAAUAAACUUGGGUGAGACUGAAA